UCUUCUCCUCCAGCCCCUUUUCAAUUCCAGACCAUUUUCAAAUGAACCCGAUCCGCAAACUCUCAUCAGCCUUUCUCAAAGAACCCUUCAUAAACCCCACCUUCUUCGCCGCCGUCCGCCGGCGGUUGUCGACCAAAAGUGGCAACGACGAAUGGAACGACGCCUGGGAAGCUGCGUGGCUUCCCGACGACCUUUCUGGAAAGAAUCGACCUCCAUGGGAAGCCGACGUAAAUUUUGCACUUCCUGACGACACCAGCAACACUACUGAAAUUACCCAAAUUGAGCCUAGAGUUUCGGAAGUUGAUGCGGAAACUAAAGCCUUUGUGGAGGAUAUGAAUGAGAAUUGGCACUUAAGAAAGGGGAAGCAGAAAAAUGGCAGUGAGGGAAUAGUUAUGAACGAAAAUGGAAGUUCGCUUUAUAGUUUGGAGAAUAUAAAGAAGGAUUAUAGGUUGAAGAAGCAGAGAGUUCAUGCGGGUUUGUGGUUGAAGGAGAUUGAGAAGAUGGAAGAGGCUAAGCUUGGGGAUUCUAUUGGUGGUAGUGGCAAUGGUGAUGAUAUUGAAAAACUUCUCGAUAGCUGCUCAGAGAUUUUUGAUUCACCUAAUGAUGAUUCAAGCAAUUCAAACACAACUUCUGAGUUCAAAAACAAACCUGAUGGUUGGGAAACGACUUCAAAAACACAAGAUGGGAAUAUAUGGGAGAUGUCACAAAGAGAAGAAGAUAUCUUAGUCCAAGAAUUUGAACGCCGAAUUGCAUUCAACAAGUUCCAGAUUGCCAGUUUUAUUAAAACCCAUAUAUUUAGUCGGAGGAGGCCUAUAGACGGUUGGAAGUAUAUGAUAGAGGAGAUCGGGCCAAAUGCCAGAAAAGGGAAGGGUAGUGUUUCAAGGUUACCUAGUAUAGCAGAUGCAUCAACUCGACCUUUCAGGGAGGAAGAAACAUCGUCAAACACUACUUUCUCCUCUAAUCGAGGGAGGACUGAAAGGAGGUAGCAUUUUGUAAAUUCUUUUUCUUGGAACGAGUGACAUUGCCAAAUCUGAGUAUGCAUGUUGAAAAUUAGUGUUGAACUUGUAAGUUCUAUUGAAUUAACAAAAUUUUUUCAUAGGCCUUUAUGGAAAUUAUUUUCUUAUCCAU